AGUUGUGUCCCUACAUUCAACAUAAGAAUGGAGAAUGUAAGCAGCACGAUUGACCUAGACACAAGCAACAUCUCACAGGUUGAGGUUAAUAGUAUACCACCUUGGUCAACGUCACCGAUCGAUGUUGACUUAAGCUUAAAGCAGUUCCCUAAAGAAACCACGCCAGACUACGUUUAUAGACAGCUCUUCGCAGAAAUUCAGGAUCGUAACAGGAAUUUAAUUCCUAUAUACACCGAUGGAUCUAAAUCGGAUAACUAUGUUGGUUUAGCCUUUGUUUGCCAGGAUGAAAUUGUGGCAGAACAAAUAGCAGCGAAUUCUUCCAUCUUUUCUGCGGAGUUGCAGGCUAUUUAUUUAGCUUUAAAGUAUAUAAAUCGGAAAGGUCAUAGUUGCUGCGUGAUUUACACUGACUCAGUUAGUGCACUUCAGGCUUUGAUCUCGUAUGAACGUAGUUCUCACUCCAUAGUUAUUAAAAUUCGAAAACUAAUUUGUCAUCUCACUACGAGAAAUUUUUUUGUGAAGUUCUGUUGGGUCCCAGGCCACGUGGGUAUAAGAGGUAAUGAAGAAGCUGAUACAGCUGCUAAGUCAGCAAGUCCUUCACAGCAUACAAUGCGUAUUGAAGGAGGUGAUUUGAAGCUAGUCGUUAAAAAACGACUAGCAGAGAGAUGGCAAAACGUGUGGAAUGCACAAAUCCACAAUAAACUUCACGAGAUCAAACCUUUGGUAGAAAAUUGGACACAUAAUAGGCAAUAUGAUAGGAGAUCUGAGGUUAUCCUUACUCGUUUGAGAAUUGGACACACUCGACUGACUCAUCAAUACCUUUUGAAGGGAGAUGACGAACCAGUAUGUCAGCACUGCAACUGUGCUGUAAGUGUUAAACACAUAUUUUGCAACUGUGUUGCUUUUGAUCAGAGUCGUAGACAGCAUUUCGGAAAUGCAAGCCUUAGAGACAUUUUGGGCCAGAGGCUAAACCUGGAUAAUAUACUGGACUUUCUGAAAGUCAUUAAUAUGUAUAGAGAAAUAUGAUGAUUUAUUUAUUAUAUAGUUUUAUUUACUUCAUGGU